GUUACUUCCAUAACAUUUGGAAUUUGCUUGCAGGGGGAGCAGAGUUGUGAGGAGCCUGAAACAAUCUCUCCUUUGGCUGAGGAGUCUCAAGGCAACAAAAUGACCUGGAAAUGUUGCUCUGGGCGAUAUUUUACACAAAAUAUGCUCGUGGCCGUGGUAUUUUAUUUCAACAUGUGCACAGGAACAGCAGGUGCCAGGAGUGCAGGGCACGGCACAAACGUGAGGAAGAUGCUGCAGGAGGCCAAACUCAGCAUUUUGGGACCCGUGGCAGUGCCAGAGGGGAACUCUGGGCCUGGUAUGACCAGAAGGACGGCCCUGGAGGACACAUUUUGGCCCUUUGGGCGAAGGCCCACAAGUGAACUGGGCCAGCAGCCCCCCGGGGGCACAGAGCCCUCAGCCCACGGCCCAGAGCCCCCCAGGACACAAAGGGUGGACGUGUCGCUGUCCCUCAUCCACCAGGGGGGAGGUGGGAACUCUCCAGAGCCUUCACCCCCCCCAGCACCCAAGGCUGGAGCCCUGCCAGCCCUGCACAGCUCCAUCAGUGCCCAGGGCCCCUCUGCAGGUGUUCGGGUGGAUCUCACCGUGCCUGGCGUGGGGGCAGUGGGGGACCCUGGGGGGAGCCCCUCACCCCUUGGCACCCUGGGACCACCCAGAUGCCCUCACGACCCCAGGACUGACUGCAGCAGGGCCCCGACCUCAAGGACUCCCCUGGACUGGCUGGGCAGCACAGCUGCAGGUGAGGGGUUUUACAUGUUCGUUACAAGUGAUCAGCUGUUCCUUUUCUCUUAUUUAGUAGUUUGAAACAGUUAAUUUGGGGUCAGAUCAUCAUCCUUCUGGUGGAAGGUGUCCCUGCCCAUGGCAUAGGGGUGGAGUGAGUGAUCUUUAAGGUCUCUUCCAACCCAAACCA